AUGCUGUGCCGGCUCAGCGUUAGGUGGCUGCGGCCCUGGCCUGCCCUGCAGGUCCGUGUCCUGGACCCAUCGCUCGCACGGGCCCCAGCCGGCGGCGCCAAGAGCUCCGCUCUGCCAGUGUGGGCGGUGGCAUCGGUCUCCGCAGUUGGCCCGAGCGGCGCCGGAGGCUGGUACGAGGCCUUGGCUACCUCGGCGCCGGUGCAGAGCGCAGAGGACGUGCUGCUCUUCGCCCACACCGCCUCGGGCCUGCCCUGGUGGGGCAGCAUUCUCCUCACCACCGUGGCCCUGCGCGGGGCCGUCACGCUACCCCUGGCUGCCUACCAGCACUACAUCCUGGCCAAGGUGGAAAAUUUGCAGCCAGAAAUAAAAAACAUUGCACGACAUCUUAACCAAGAAGUUGCAGUUCGUGCACAUCAGUUGGGAUGGUCCAAGAGAGUUGCCAGGCUCACUUACCUAAAGACUAUGCGGAGGCUUGUUUCAGAGCUCUAUGUUCGGGAUAACUGCCACCCCUUCAAAGCAACUGUGCUGGUCUGGAUUCAGCUUCCAAUGUGGAUCUUCAUGUCUAUCGCUCUGCGAAAUUUUAGCACAGGGGCAGCACAUUCAGAAGCAGGUUUUUCUGUUCAGGAGCAGUUAACUACUGGUGGGGUCCUGUGGUUUCAUGACCUCACUGCUCUGGAUUCCACUUGGAUUCUGCCUAUCUCCGUUGGUGUCAUCAAUUUAUUAAUAGUGGAGAUUUUUGCUCUGCAAAAACUUGGAAAGUCUCGUUUUCAGACGUAUAUUACGCACUUUGUUCGUGCAGUGUCAGUGUUGAUGAUUCCAAUAGCGGCAACAGUACCUUCAUCAAUUGCCCUCUAUUGGUUAUGUUCCAGCUUCAUGGGCCUUUCACAGAACUUGCUGCUCCGUUCUCCUAGAUUUCGCCAACUUUGCAGGAUCCCGUUAACCAAGUUAGAUUCAGACACUCCUUAUAGGGACCUCUUGGCUGCCUUUCACUCCAAGAUCAUUUCAAGAAAAUCACGUACUUUCUAGUAAUUUCUGAAACAAUUACAGGUUUCACUGUUAAUGUAUUUAGAAGAUUUAGAACUUCAGAUAUGAUUUAAUUUGCUUUUGUUUAAAAUCAUGAACUCUGUGAAGUACUGUGGAUUAAGAUAUAAUCCAUAUAUAUAUAACAAUACUUAAAAUCUUUCAGUGCUAAACAUGUAGUAUAUUUAAUUGUAUGCUAAGACUGUAAAAGUGGAAUCAAAGUGUCAGGCCCUGUUUAUAAAAUUACAACUUGCUAGAGGUUCCAGAACUUUGGAGAACAGGACUAGAAAAGUUUAUAAAAUAAGAGAAUCCAGUGGCGUGAAAUCUAAAAUUUGUAGGAUGUGGAGGAUCAUAGACCUGUUUGAUCUUUUAAUAAAGCCAUGGUUUUCUCUUCAGAAAAGUCCUUGAAAUACAAAUGGAGGCCUUUUUUGAGCCCCUGUCCCAACUCCUGAAGGCCUUCUGAUAAUUCCUGGUUAAUAAAUUAUUCUAAUGGAACAAGUUAAUGUAUGAUUUUAAAAUGAAAGGGACUUGAGAUACAUACUCAUGUGAAGUAGUCCACCCAUGUAAGAAAGUACCUAACAUGGUAGGUGGUGUUGCUUUUCAACUGUGCUCUGAAAGAAUAUAAAAAGUGUAUAUUCCUUUCUCUAUAAUUUAAGAAGUCUGCAAUAAAGGGUAUAGCGCUGAGUACUGCUGGAACCCAAAGUAGAAAAUCUUAAGCUAAUCAUAUAGAAUAUGAAGGAACUCAGUAUCUCUGAUAGCCAUCUUCCUUGGUGGCUGCCUGCAAUGCGGGAGACCUGGGUUUGAUCCCUGGGUCGGGAAGAUCCCCUGGAGAAGGAAAUGGCAACCCACUCCAGUAUUCUUGCCCGGAGAAUCCCAUGGACGGAGGAGCCUGGUGGGCUACAGUCCACGGGGUUGCAAAGAGUCGGACAUGACUGAGCAACUUCACUUUGACUUUUCAGUAUCUCUGAUAACCUGUUAAGUAAGUAAAAAUUUUGUAUUAGGGUGAAGAUAAUGCUAGUCAAGAGAUUUCUUUAGACCUGACCUGUUUGUCUUGUUGUGAUAAUACAUAACAUUAAGUUGGUCUGGGAAUAUCAUAUAUGACCUAAUUCAUAAUUUCAUAGCUUAAAAAAGAGCCAAAUUUUAAAAGCUUGAAUGAUCAGGAUAGUAUUUAUCAAAUUUUAAUAAUUACUGAAUACCUGAAAAUACAUUAGUUUCAGUGUUACUAGAAAUUAAACAGUACAUGAAGAAUCAGCUUAUUCAGCCAGAAAGCAUGCAUCUGAACAGCAUGUCUUCACUCAUUACAGAUGUAAUCGUUGAUCACAUGAUUGUGAAAUAGGAUUGUUUUGUAGAAUUCUGGAGAUGGAGUUGAGUCUUUUCUGUAAUCUCAAAGUACAGUAGACACUUCUCUGUUGUGGGCCCAAAGCCACAACCACUGAGAGCUUUAAACUGUCAGCAGCUGGAAUCCCAACAAACAGCUGGAUCAAACUUCAUUAGCUAAGAACUUACAUAGCCAUGGGGAAGAAAUGAUUCCAUGAUUCCUGUACAUAACUGGCCUGCCAUCAUUUGUGGAAUACAGUCAAAAAGUAAA